AUGGGGAAUGUGUUCUCGAAGAAUGUUCCGCUCCGAGAAAGUCUGGUGAGGCUUGAGGAGCAAAUAAGCAAAGGAGAAAAGAGGGCCACAAGGCUCAGGGCUACCCUAGACAGCCUCCGAACUCGGAUACUGGUGGGAUCGCUUGCGGUUGUUGCUCUUUCUAUAAUAUACUCAUAUGUAGAUGAGCAGAGCAUUGCGGUGUUUGUGCUUGGGAGUUCUCUUGCAUGCUAUAUGGGAAGAUGCCUUCUCCUCUACCUCUACGAGACGAGGAUCAGAAGGAUCGAGACUACCCUUGAGGAUCUAAGGGAAAGGCAAAGGGAGCAGAUUGCUCUUCUGAAGAAGGAGGAGUCCUUUGAGGCCACGAAAAAGGUUAUCGACAAGUAUGAAACCGAGUCGAUGAGGAGACAUUACUUUGGCAACAUAAAGCAAAGGAAGAGAGGUGUGAUGGAUAAUGUCACGGACAUUGUCCUGGGAGAUGACCCGGGCACGAUGUAUGCGCUGAUCUGCAAGAAGUGCAACCAUCACAAUGGGCUGGUUCAUCCAAGUGAAUAUGACCUCAACGAGUUCUACUGCUACAACUGCAACGAGCUGAACACCAGAACUCGGAAUAGGAACAGCAAUAAAUGA